CAGCGAUUGGCAUCACGGCACUAUCGUCACCGCCCGCGUUGUAGCCUAGAAACUGAACUCUGUGAAGAGGAGAGGAGAGGUAGACAGACCUUACAUCAAGUCAAUUCUCUACUCUUUUUGUCGCGUUUGAAUCGCAUAGCGACGGCGACAAAGAAAACACCACCACCACGUUCCUUUUUCCACCAAGUACGCACUGUCGGUGAACUGACGGCUAUUGGUUGUACUCUUCAUUGUCUGUUGACUUUCACUUUGGCUUUUUCUCACCACUUCAUUGUCUGUUCUUCACUUUACCUUCGCCUUCCACUUGUUCGCUCCAAUACUGUGAUGCGCGACGAGAGAGCCUCCACCAUCUAGCUCUCCCAUUCGAAAGCAUCGGCCUUGUCCCUAACCGCAUGCCAUCCUAGGCUGGACCUAUACGGCUGUCAUCCCCCACUACGACGACAGAUCAUGUCCAAUAACACGAAUAGCCUCGAAUCUCUGCCACCACGACCGCCCACUCCACCAAAGAGAGAAGCACAUAAUGCGCCCCCAGCUACGAUCCCAAGAAAUGUCCUGGCCCCCAUCGAGCUCGACAGCAACCUCAGGGCCGUCCAUACCCCGCCUGCCGUAAACUCGCCUGGCUCGGGCCUCAAUAGCAAAUCAACAUCGAAACGAAGUACCAAGAGAGUUGGGUUCUCGGCAAAGGCAGAAUACAAAGACGCUCCAGUCUUCAUGGACGGCGACAAGAGACAGCAGCCGACCCCCGUCUCCCUUCCACGAAGCGCUUCCAAGCCAGUCAAGUCCAUCCUCAAAAUCACCCACCACGUCCCGAACCCUCUCGAGGAAGCCAACGGCGACCCGUCCGAUCCCUCGAACGCAAACACAUCGGUCGCCAACAUGUUGGAGUCAACCCUGAAGCAGCUCGCCGGCGGCGAUCGCGACUCGAAACUCGAUUCCUACAUGAUGUUGACGCGGGCCUUCAAGGUCUCCAACAACUUGCCAGACAGGGUGGCUUUGCAAGAGAAGAUGGGCUUGUUCAUGCAGUUCAUGCAAAGAGAUCUUGUCGCCAGGACACCUCAGGGCAACCUCGACUCUUCUCUUGUCCAACAUGCUCUCAAGCUGAUCGUCACCUUUCUCGGCCUCCCUGCCAUUGCCUCGACUUUCACGACCGACUUCGGAACCUUCUUCGUCGACCACUGUAUCCGUUCCUUCCAAGACGACUCGACCCCGAAAGAUACUGCUCGACAUCUUAUGCAGGCCGUGUUGGUACAGAACUUCUCGUCCAAGGUUAUGACCCCUGAGCGAGUCGGCAGACUGGUCACAUCGCUACACAAUAUUGAGGAGAACAUCAAGGGCAAGAGCAUCAUCAUGUUGCGGGUGCGGAUAUACCAGAAAAUAGUCAAUCAAACGGGCAAGAUGAUGGUUAUUCACUCGGAUUGGUUAUACGACCUCUUUACCGACAUGCUCAGCACCAUAAAGGACAUCAGAGAGGCAGCCAUUACCCUGGGCCUCGGCGCUGCUUUCACCAUUGGUCAGGAGCUACAGCUCUCACGCAAGGCAAUGGAGAUAUUUAACUCGGUCUCGGAAGAAAAGAAAUACAUCGAGUACUAUGAAGAGAGGCUCAAGGCCAUGGUCAAGGACAAGACCGUAUCCGCUUCGGUCCCCCACAUCUGGAGCGUUGUUGUCCUUCUACUACGAAUCCGUCUGAGGGUAUGGGACCGUACAGCGCAUUGGUUGCAACUGGUCCAGAAUUGCUUCAAUAACAUCGAUUACCCUACCAAGAUUGCCGCUCACCAUGCUUGGGCUCGUCUGGUCUACUUGACGAAUGCCGUAGAGCCGUCAUUCGAGUCUUCGCUCAAAACCAUCAUCACCCCUUUGACUAGUCAGCUCAAAAGGAAGAACAGUACCAAGGCCUCGGAAGGACAACUAAGGGCAGCUGUCUUGGGCGAUGUGUGCAAUCUCUGGUACUAUCUCUUCAAGCCAAACACGAAUGCGGCUUUGCUAGAUGGAUACUGGAAGGCUGGAGUCCAACCCAUUGUUACAGCACUCGUGUCCAGCUCGGAGCCUUCAAAACCAGCCACUGGAAAUUCAACUCGGAAACCACAGGAGACAUACGGGCAAGCAAGUGUCAUUCUCAGUCAUCUCUUUAACUGCACAACAGCCAGGCGAUGGAGUGUGGACCGAGUAAUGGACGAACCCCUCGCAAGACCCGAGGAGGUUCCUGCCAUUGACGCAAAAUGGGUUCGAAAGAAUGCCGCCAUGAUUCUGGCUGCGAUUGAGCCCAUCCUCGCCCAAGAUUUUAAUGCACUUUCCAACAAGAAGAGCGCAGUCUACUGGCUCUGGGCCUCUCUUGUCGGAUCUAUUGCCUCUGCCGCAUCUAAAGAGAUUAAGGUCUCGAAAGACACAGGCUUGUUUAUAACAGAAGCAUUGUCUGUCUUGCAGAAGAUCUGGCAAAAAGGCGUGCAACCAGGCGAUACCGCUUCAGCAGUGGACUUUCUUCGUGCUACAAAGGGGUAUGUGGAGAUCAUGAUAACUUCGCUUGGCCUCCUCCCUUUUACAGAAAAGCUAGGCAAGGCCCAGGCCGGUCAGAAGUCGCCUAUGCAUAAUCUGUUCUCUAUGCUGUCUGGACUUCCUUCUGGCAUCCCUGACGACGAGACCUUUGAAGUCUUCUUCACUUCAGUCUUUGAACACUUUACCGAGGCAAAGAGCGAGAAAGGAAAGAUUGAAAUUGCCCUAGAUUUGCUCACCAUGAUUCCUAUGGAGACACCACGCCCAUAUGGGAUGUGGCUGUUUGUUGCGAAGGCGCUUGAUGGAUGGCUCCAACCUGAUCACAAUAGCAACCACUCAACUGGUUCAGGUGACACCCCCAUAGGCCACGAUUACCGUGAUAUCGUCAAGGUUCUCGAGCGUGGAAUCAGGUCGACUCCUAAUCUGCCUCGUGAGCACUGGGAGUCGCUGUUUAAUGCUGUUCACCAGAGGGUUAGGUCAGAAGCAGGAGAGCCCGGAGUUGCCAUCGUUGUCGUUGAACCUCUAGCCAAGGUAGCUCUGGAUCGACUAACUACCCCGGGGCCCAUGGCUGCUUUCUUCAAUGGGGUCCGAUAUGUCGCCGAGUUGUUGUCGAUUGCUAUUCAGCCACGCGACAAGCAAGCCGUUGACGCAGCUCGAAGACGGCUUUGGGGAACGGCUCUGGCUGGUUCUCGCUCAGCAACUUUUGACACGUUCGACAAUCUCUACAAGGCUGUCAAUGAGGCUUUGACACGGCUCUACAAGGAGUUUGACUCUGAUAAUUCCGAACUCAUCAUCCGCCUUCUGCAAGAGACUGUCGGCUUCUUCGAUAGGUGUAACCAACAACUCAUCUUCAGGACAAUGUUCAUUCUUCAAGAUGGCUUCCUCCCCUGGCUCCGAGAUCCUAACAGAUUGCUUGGCAGCCAGUUGAACGCCAUUGUGGCUGUGACAAACACGCUUUGGGACAAGGUAUGCGGUCUUAUAUCGGCAACCGAACGCCCCGACCAGCAGUUGGAUUCACUCACUCGCAUCUUCUGUGCCACUCUCGGUUCCUCUCAUCGAUACAUCGUCAACUCGGCUGUAUCGCUUUGGAACAGACUGUAUGGCAAAGUCGAAAAGCUCGAGUAUCCUCAGGAACUUAAGGAAGUCCUUGCCAAACUCCGGCCGUACGCCGAUCUGGUCACGCCCGGUCUAGAGCUCUCCAGCCUCGAGUAUCCCUCCCACGAACCCAUCUUCGUCGAGUCGAUGGAGGAGUUCAGCCUGCCUAGACUACCACCACCAUCCUCAAGACGCACCACAAGAAGCGCCUCACGCACAAACUCCCCAGUCAAGACGCCCGAUCCUGUUAAGCGCAGGUCCCCGACCAAGCGACGUGCCAGCGCCACUCCUGAAGUUAAGAGCUCUGGAUUCAACCUCCGUCCCAAAGCGGGGGCACCACGGCUUCGGCACGAUGACUCCCAAAUCCAGUUUGCGGCGGUUGAAUCCUCUCCUCAACACAACCUCAUCAACGAAGAAAUGGAAUCCCAGCUCCUUACCGAGCGCCAAAAGGAAGUCCGCGAGCGCCAGAAGGAAAACGCCGCACUCUUUCCCGAGCUCCGCUCCUCCCCAGCUACAAGAACCCGAAGCUCAGCGCGUCUCGCUGCCCGCUCACGAGAGGGUUCCCCUUCAGGUGCUCACACUCCCCAAGCCGGUACCCCCAGUAACCCAGGAGGCAGAUUCACCGAAUUCGUCAGCGGGACGCCUACCCCCCGCCGCGGACAAGCGGCGUUGGCGAUCAUCGAUCAGGACAUGGACAUGAUGGACCCGCCUUCGUCACCGCCGAUGAUGGAACCAAGGAGGAAUCCGCUCGCGGCUGAGAUAAGGUCCAGAUCGGCGAACACGAGCUUGUUGGAUGAUUGGCAGCUUUCUUCUUCUCCCAUCUCUGGGUCGCCGUUGCGUCAGCAGCAGUUUGCGCCGGUGCCGUCGAGUUUGGCUGUGGCUUUGGAUGCUGUCAACGCUGCGGUUGGGUCGUCUCCUCCUGCACCGGCAGAAGCGGGUGAGCAGGAUUUGAUGGAGGAAGAUGAUGAUAUUAUUGAAGAGAGUGUGCUGCCUGAGCAGGAGAAUCAGGUUCUGCCGACCACUGAGCUAGCCAAACCGGCCCAGGAAGUUGUUGGUGUUUCUGGCGAGGGCUCAGGGCUGCAGGGAGGUCAUCUAGGUGUGCCACGCCAGGAAACGCCGGAGAAAUCGGAUCAUGAGCUGGAAGAGUUUGUGGAUGCGCCUAGUAGCCCGCUACCGCCGACGCCGCACCGUGCUGGUAGAGCCUCGGCCAAACCUACCAUCCAGGCCAACACAGACCCGGUGAAGAAAGCUGCUCCCGCUCCGGUGGCUGCUCCGGCACCUACUCCCGCUUUCGCGACUGCACCCACUGUUGCUCCGGCGGCCACAGCGGUUGCACCCGCACCCACUCCAUCGGGCGCUCCAUCUUACGACGGCGGAGAAUGGGACGACCGCUCCCUCCUCAAACUGGUAGUAGAGCUCGACUCAGGUAAACUGAAUAGGCAAGAGUACACCCGUCCAUCUCCCUCCGUUUCGCCCGAGAAGCUUCCUCUCACAGCAGCCAACCUUGAGCCUAGUUCCAGUUCUAAUAGGCCUGGCUCUGGUCCCGCUUCAGCUGCCCCCUCUCCGGCCGCUUCGUGCAUCGUAGCUGUGGACGAUGAUAAUAUCGUGGGGGACGAAAGCGAGAAUGUUCAUGUUCCAAAGCCGGCGUCUCGAGGACGGCUGACGAGGUCAAGGGCUAGUUCUGUGGCUUCGAACCGCUCGGUUGAGCAGAUUCCUAGCUCACAGGCGCAACAGCAGUUGUCGACGCAAGAAAAGGGGAAGCCAAAGCUCAAGGGUCCGACGAGCGCACGGGCGGGAGCAGGGAAGGGGAAGCGGAAGAGAGUGGCUUCUUCGGCUUCGGAGACUGCUGCUGCUGCUGCUACUCCUGCUGGGACUGGGACUGGGACUGGAAAGAAGAGGAGGGUUGGUCGUCCUUCGUCUACUGCUCCGGUCCCUGCGGUGGAGCAGGAAAAGACCGAGGUUCAGGUUCCUAGGAGCCGGAGCCAGGGUCAGAGUCAGAGCCAAGAAGUGCCCAAAUCAGAACCGAUUUUCUAUGACCGCCUUCCUAUCUCCGUCUCCUCCUCCUCCCGCUCGUCGUCUUUGUCUCAACCACCAUCCAGCCGUGCGUCUUCUGUCGUGUCUAACUCGGUUCUUACUGAGCGACCUAGGGGCCUGCCUCAACCUGCCCAUCAGCGCACUAUCCCUUCGUCUUUGCCGCAGCAAAUGUCUCAGUUGUCUGCCCCUGCGCCGGUGCCAAUGGAGGUUGUUGAGCAGGCUGCUGCUGAGGCGAGUGAUGAGGUUGCGCAGCAGCAGUCCCAGUCCCAAGGGGCUCAACAAGUACAGGUUCCAGAGAUCGAGGAGUUAUCCUCCGAUGGCGAAGAGCUCGUCCAGUCUCAAAUAGAAAUUGAGUCUAGGAGUGCGGAUGAGAGGCAAUCACUUUCUAUGUCUCAGGUGGAACACCUGGAACAACAUUUGGAAGGGGAGGAUUUGAUUCCUAGUUCGCCGUUUAUGGCGGUACGUGGUAGUGGGAGAAGUGGAAGUGGGAGAAGUGGGAGUGGUGGAAGUGAGAGUGGUGGGAGCGAGGUGCUGGUGGAGGAUUCGGUUCUUUCACAACAGCAGGAGGAAGAAGAGCGCAUGGAUGUUGAUAUGGAUGAGCAUGAUCAACCUUUAGCGUCGGCACAACAACAACAACGACAGCAAAAGAAACAAGAGGUGGGAAGAAACACUGGGCCAGUGGUGGGCGAAGAAAGGAGAAGAGGGCUGACGGAGGACGUUAUUACCAGCGCAAAACCCGGAAAAAAUCACACAGAAAAUCUUCAGCAAAAAAAGGUCCAAAAGCAAAAGUCUCAGCAGCAACCUCAAACGCAACAAAAUCUAUCCCAGCAACAACAAGAUCAACUUGGAGAGGAAAACAAGGAGGAGGAGGAGGCUUCUUCAGCAAACAACAACAACAACAACAACAACAACAACAACAACAACAACAACAACAACCAAAGCCACACCACCAACAAGGAAAGAAUCCUCUCCACCCUUCGCGCCAGUCUAAACGAACUUCGCACCGCAACAGCAGCAGGCGGCCUGUCUCGACAAGAGGUGUACGAGAUUGAGGACUUGUUUAUGGAUCUGAAGAGGGAGUUGUAUGAGGCUGAGAGGAGGGGGAGGGCAUAGGUCAUAUGGUCAUAAGGUCUUGAGGUUAUAACGGCGGUGCAGAAAGGUGGUACUGCUUUUUGCUUUUUACUGUUUCGCUAUGUAGAAGUGAUGGCUCCCUCAUCACUGUUUGUGUAUGACACGUUCGGCAUCAUUGGGGUUUCGUAUCCCCGUGCGUGGCAUUAGGUUCAUGGUGGGCUUAACGGUAACGGAGUUUCGUUGUAUUGUCUGGCUUCUCUUGCUAUUAUGGCUCACAAAAAAGUACAUUAUCCCAGCUGUCUGUCUAUAAACGUGGCCAACCAAGGUUUGGGCUUCUGAGGCUUUGAAGGCGUAUAUGGAUGAAGGUGUUUUAUAUCAUGUCUUAUUAUCGUGGUGUUUGUUUACUAUUAAGUAAGGUCUCUCUCUACUUGAGUUCAGGGGAUUGGGGGUUGGCCAAGCAUAUGGGCGAUGAAAGCUGUGGGCACCAAAGAAGAUCGGGCUACCUGAAUCAAAAUAGCUGUGCUGAAAGCGAAC